AUCAGAAGACUUUAUUCAAAAGAAUCUUGGAAAAUUGCAGUGGAGAGUCUUUGUCUUCUGGUGCUGCGUUCGUGAAUUCUGAAACCAGCCUUUUUGUUUCCACUCUGUCGGAAUUGGCGUCUGCCGUAUUUGGGACUUCCCAGUUUUGUUGGGGUUUUGGAGGUUUUGGGGUUUCUGCGUUUGAUUAUCGAAAUUGCUUUUGCUUUUGAUUGUAUUUAGAGAUUGAGGAAUUGGGAUAUCUGUGUUUCUGGAGAAUCAAUCGAGGGUUUCAAAAGUUUGGAAUUUGGGUGGAGAAUUAUCAGUGUUUUUGGGAUGCAUUAGGAGCUUUGACUCAAGGAUUGAAGGUGGGUAGUUGACGGAUUGCUGCUUGGUUUUCGAUUCUUUGGUGAUUGUGAUUUGGGUUUGGGGUUAGGAUGAUGGAAGAGUCUCCGGGCAGUUCAAACUCGCUGCCUCCUUUUCUGGCGAAGACGUAUGAGAUGGUAGAUGAUCCUUCUACAAAUGCAGUUGUCUCAUGGAGUCGGAGUAAUAGAAGCUUUACUGUUUGGAACCCACCAGAAUUUGCCAGGGAUUUACUGCCCAGCUACUUCAAGCACAAUAACUUCUCCAGCUUCAUUAGACAGCUCAAUACAUAUGGUUUUAGAAAAGCUGAUCCGGAGCAAUGGGAAUUUGCAAAUGAUCAUUUCGUAAGAGGUCAGCCGAAUCUUAUGAAGAGCAUCCACAGACGAAAACCAGUUCAUAGCCAUUCCUUGCAGAAUCUCCAUGGUCAAGGAUCUUGUUCCUCUCCAUUAACUGAUAAUGAAAGGCAGGGUUUUAAGGAUGACAUUGUUAGGCUCAAACAAGAAAAUGAAAUGCUCAUUUAUGAGUUUCAGACAAAUGAACAAGAGCGGAUAGAAUUUGAGCGGAAAGUUCUGAUUUUGAUGGAGCGAUUGAGGCAAAUGGAACAACGGCAGAAAGAUUUAGUUUCUUUCCUUGCUCAUGCGCUGGAUAAACCAGGGCUUUCCUUAGAUCUUGUUUCGCAAUCCGAAAAUCAUGACAGAAAGAGGAGAUUAACCAAAAUUGGUUACUUUUACGAUGAAGCCAGCGGGGAGGAGAAUCAUAUGGAUUGUUCCCAAGCAUUACCUAGAGAAAAUGCAGAUGCUACUACUAUUAUGUCAUCAAACGUGGAGCGGUUAGAGCAUAUGGAGUCGUCCUUGAUAUUUUGGGAGAAUGCUGUACGAGAUGUAUCCCAAACCCAUGUUCACAUGAAUUCCGACCACCUUGAUUUGGAUGAAUCGACAAAUUGUGCUGAUAUCCCUGCUAUGUCUCGUAUGCCUCUUAAUGUCGAAUGUCGGACUAAAUCACCUGGUAUUGACGUGAAUUCUGAGCCUGUUGUCCUGGCUGCUCCAGAGCCAGUUGCCUUGGAAGAACAAGCUGGUGGAACCUCAGCUCCUGUGAUUACAGGGGCGAACGACGUCUUCUGGGAGCAAUUUCUGACAGAGAAUCCUGGCUCGACUGAUGAUCAGGAAGCUCAAGCAAAUAAAAAUGAUGAUGAUGCAAGAAAGAACGAAAGCAAGCCUAGUGAUCAUGACAGAUUUUGGUGGAAUGUAAGGAGUAUAAAUAAUCUUGCUGAGCAGAUGGGGCAUCUUACUCCUGCAGAGAAAACUUGAAAUUGGUUUAUCGUUGUUCCUGGAUUUUGAUCACUCUGUGUAUUGGUUAUAGUAUGUCUAGAUAUGAAUUUUGAUUACUCCGUGUAUUGGCCAUUUCAUUGUUUAGUUUUGCAGGACUAGUUGAAAAGUAUUAGUGCUAUUAUGGCAUGCAGUUUAUUAGAUGUCCUUUUUAGUA